GCAUUAGGUGAUAGGUACGGGCAAAGCAUUAGUACGUUUUCCUUCCAACGGACGAAGGAUCCGAAAGCAGCGCGAUACAAAAACGAAAGCCCUCAACCACCACCUUCUCCCGACUACUCGCGCCCCUCGCCUCCGAUCUCCGUCCCACCGCCUUUUAUAAAUGCUGCGAGAUCGUUUCGCUCCCUUCUAGCUCUCCUUCCUCCUUGGAUCGGACUUCUUCCCCCCGUCCGCCAUGGCUUCUUGGCUCAAGGCCGCCGAAGACUUAUUGGAGGUUGUAGACCGGAGAGCAAAACUUGUUGUUGGUGAGCUGUCAGAUGAGCAGGCUGCCUCACAAGACUUAGCAUCCAACGGUCAAGAAAUUCAAACCAGGAAGGCAAAACCCAAGGAGAAGGGUCAAUUAAAACUCUCUAGCACUGAAACUUAUAAAGGCAUCAGACCUGAGCAAGACCAGAAAACCAAACAAGCAUCAGUGCAAAUUGUGAAAACUGAUAAUGUCAAAACUUCUCCAUCUGAACAUUCUCUUUAUGUUAGCAGUAAUGACACUGCAGAAACAAGCACAGAACCACCUUCUGAUAACAACAAAGACACAACAAUAUCAGAUAUUGAAAAUGGUAAAGGUGGCGAUGAUAUAAACAAUGUGGUGGAAGUCCCAUCUGCGGACAACAACAAGGAAAGCACAACCUCCUUUACAAAUGAUGAUGUCAUAGUUGCAAAUUCAAAAGAUGAGCUUGAAAGGCCUUCCGCCCUUCCCUCAAUAUUCAAAGGUAGUGAGAUAUCCAAUGGAGAUCAUCCUGCUGAUGCUGAACCAAAAGUCAGUUUGGUGGAUGAAGCUACCUACUUGACUGUCAACCAAGAGAGACCUGGAUCUGAAACAGUGGAAAGCCACAAUGCUAGCAACACCCAAGAAAAUGAGAAAGAGAUCUUACCAGAUCUUUUAUCAAACAUGAACAAGGAAAAGGAACAUAAGGCUGAUGCCUCUCCAAUGAAAGUUCAAGACCAGCUUGAUGAGGCUCAAGGAUUGCUUAAGAGUGCAGAUAAGACUGGUCAAUCAAAAGAAGCCCGGUUAGCUAGGGUCUGUGCCGGACUUUCUUCCCGUCUUCAAGAAUACAAGGCUGAGAAUGCUCAGCUUGAGGAACUUCUUGUUGCAGAGAGAGAGCUGAGUAGUUCUUAUGAAGGUCGCAUAAAGCAACUACAGCAAGAGUUGUCUGCAUGCAAGAUGGAAGUGGCAAGAGCUGAAUCAAAUAUGGCUGAUGCUUUAUUUGCAAAAAACUCUGAAAUUGAGGCUCUUACCAGUUCAAUGGAUGCUUUGAAGAAACAAAGUGCUGCUGCAGAAGAAAAGCUCGCAUCCUUGCAGGCUGACAUGGAAACUAUUAUGAGGAGCCGUGAACUAACUGAAACCCGGAUGAUCCAGGCUUUACGAGAAGAACUUGCUUCUGUAGAGCGCAGAGCUGAAGAAGAGCGCGCGGCACACAGUGCCACCAAAAUGGCAGCAGUAGAAAGAGAGAUAGAAUUAGAACACCGAGCUGUUGAGGCAUCUAAUGCUCUUGCUAGAAUCCAGAGACAAGCAGAUGAAAGCACAACAAGGGCAACGGAACUGGAGCACAAAGUGGCUUUGCUUGAGGUUGAAUGUGCAUCUCUGACUCAAGAGCUACAAGACAUGGAAGCUCGUAAUCGUCGUGGCCAGAAGAAGCCUUCUGAAGAAGCUAGUCAAAACCUUCAGAUGCAGGCAUGGCAGGAAGAAGUGGAGCGCGCACGUCAAGGACAAAGAGAGGCAGAGAACAAGCUUUCUUCUUUAGAGGCUGAGAUGCAAAAAAUGAGAGUGGAGAUGGCUGGAAUGAGAAGGGAUGCAGAGCAUUAUUCACGGCAGGAACAUAUGGAACUAGAGAAACGAUAUCGUGAACUAACAGAUUUAUUGUACCAUAAGCAAACACAACUAGAAGCAAUGGGCAGUGAAAAGGCCGCAAUGGAGUUUCAACUGGACAAAGAGUUAAAGCGUUUCCAAGAAGCACAGGUUGAAGCCGAACGAAGUAGAGCUACCCGUCGUUCAUCAUUGACAUGGGAAGAAGAUACCGAUAUAAAAGCACUCGAGCCUCUUCCUCUGCACCACCGGCAUAUGGCUGGGGCUAGCAUGCAGCUGCAAAAGGCUGCAAAGCUUUUAGAUACAGGAGCUGUCCGUGCAACUAGAUUUCUAUGGCGGUAUCCAGUUGCUCGGGUCAUCCUACUCUUCUAUCUGGUAUUUAUCCACCUCUUUUUGAUGUAUGUGCUGCACCGCCUUCAGGAGCAAGCGGACAACUUUGCCUCCAGGGAAGUUGCUUUAUCUAUGGGACUUGGCAAUUCAAGCCUGCCAUGAGUUGGCUGGCCGAUGCACAUCUGAUGGUCAUGCCAUUCCAUGGAUCUCUAGGAUCAUGCAAAAGCCUUGGUGUUUGACUCUUUCACGCGAGGACUUCCCACUUUUUUCCCCCAGUGUAAAUGCUCUUGUUUUGUGGCUAGCCUCUAACCAUUUUUUCAUCUCUUAUACAAGUAUCAGUAACUUAAUGCAAAUUGAUGAUUAUGACUUGGAAAUGAAUAUGCACGCUCAGAAAGGAUGGAAAUCUACAGGAAUAUUAUUUUUAAAGGAAGGCCAAGAAUAAUAUGGUAGCUUUAACCUGUAA